GCACCAACUGAUUUCCCUCGAAAGCAGGCAACAGGUAUCGCUCGAUCCAUCUCGAGCCCACUUUCAUGACCAGCAAUGUCUGUCCUUAACUUGUCCGAUGGCUCUUUGUACUCGGGGGCCGGCGACAACGACGGCAAGAAUUAUAGCCAGUCUUUCCCAUCUCUCUUCCCUCUCGCUUUCAUCCAUUUAUGACCAGCUCAUCAUCUCUUGACGACUCAUGCGACAUUUUCCUUUCUCAUAAACAUGAUUCCAUUGUACCACCUUCAUCUAGCAUCGACACAACAAUCAUACAACCACCCAAUUUGACAGUAGACGUACACGCACUCACCACAGAUUCUCCUCCAUCCCGAUACCCAGACUCCCCAGACUCCCUUCUAGAUAUUGAAUCACUACCGUCGCCCGCUUCCUUUCUCCAGAAAGCUCUCCCAAUGCCUGGGGUCGCUGACCUCGCCAACAAGUCGGUUCGGAAGUCCCAUGCCCGCAAGCAACCUCCUGGUCAUAUUCCCCGCCCCAGAAAUGCAUUCAUUAUGUUCCGUUGCGAUUUUGUCGAGCAGAAGAAGGUCCCUGAAGCUGUUGAGAACGACCACAGGAAUAUCUCGAGGAUUGCGGGAAAGUUAUGGCGAGAAAUGUCCAAGGAAGAGAAACAGCCUUGGAUAGAACUAGCAGAAAAAGAAAAAGAGAGACACGCCGCUCAGUAUCCAAACUACAGAUACAGUCCC